AUGACACGAAGUGUCCAAAGUGUCGGUAUGUGGAAGGCUGCUAGCUUGCAAAAAGUACUUGAAAGUGUGCGCGAAGCUUUAAAGCUGUCCCCUACCACCAAUUGCAAACCUUAUGAGUAUGGUACAAUGCCGCUCAUGGCGGCAGCUGCAAGCUGGCAUGGAGAGUGGGAUGUACGGCAGCUUAUUGCUGCUGGUGCAGACGUCAAUGCUACUGACAACACGAAUUUAAAAAAUACGGCGCUUCACUACGCAGCAAUGACUAAUCAUGACUCGCUGACAGUUAACGCUUUGCUGGCGUUAAAUGCCGACGCGUUCGCACGCAACCGUGACGGCCUCUUACCUCUCGACCUAGCACGACAAUAUCGUCGAGAGGCCGUGGCUGCAGCACUUAUGGAGCACAUGAAGGUACAUAGCGGCUGGUUCCUGUAA